AACAACACACAACCGUUGCCAUCCAGCAUGGCUGCUCACAAUCAAGGUUUUAGUCCACAGGCAUUUAGAUUCUUGCAUCGUCGAGUGUACUUCUUGUUUACUGGGUAGCAAUAUCAUCAGUUUCUUAAAGCUACUGCCAGUCGUUGUAUUACACUGAACAGCGUCAUCUCCUUCGAGAUAAAAAAAAAAAAAGAAAAAGAAAAGAAAAGAAAGAAAAAUAAAAUGAAAAUUGCAUGUGCACGUCGCCGGGCAGCACGGUGUGAAGCAACUCGAACCACCAGCCAACCGUUUGUCCUGUUGUAGUCACUCGAAGAAUUCACCGCAGUACUGCUCGAGUAACUCUUGGUUUGUGAUGGCGUCUUUGAGAUCUUCUAUGACCAACGUAAACCGGAAGUCAAUCACCAUGCGCUGGAUCUGUCGUCACCCACUGAAAAGAAGCAUUCUGGUGACUUCCCUUCUGGCAUUACUGUUCUAUGCUGUGUUGUGGACGCUGUUAGUAAACGCCAGCACCAGGACCUUCCCCAGAGCCAUCAACAGCUCUUACACCCAGGCGAAGAAAGUCCUGCUGGUCAGCGAGCCGAGUUGUGGCGCCUCACUGAUCGGUGACAUCCUUGACCUCUCAUCUAGGAUAUACUACAUCUUUGAGCCUCUUACUCGGCUAUCUUCCCAUGAGGUGAAAAUGUACGACUGGCGUUCUCGGGCAGGAAAUACUGGUAGCUUCCCGGACAAGUUGUACUCGGACAGCAUUGCCCUGCUGGAUGCGCUGCUCACAUGUGGGUUCAGCCGCAUGGAUCUGACCACCCUGAAUGCUAGUGCUCUCGCUCUUCACCCAAAGACAGCAACACUGGCUCGAUGCGUUAAAGCAGCUGCUGAAGCCAAAGGUUCUUUGAAUUCAGGCAAUGACAGCGUCAAUAUGAUCAGAUCAUUUGCCGAACUUUCGUCCUGUGUGGAGCAAGCAGAGAGUGAAUGCUUCAACAAGACAAUACUUCUCAAGGUCGUAGGGUCGCGACUUAUACACCUUGAACCCUUACUUCUACGUCACCGUGACCUGGUUGUCCUUUACCUCGUGCGCGACCCGCGGGCCAUGAUCUGGUCCACAUGGAAAUCGACCCCGAAACCGAAUGACAUCUCAACUCUGGCGCUCAACACUUGCAGCAUCCUCGAGGACAAUUUGUCGUCUGCGCUUGAAUUGAGUCGACGACACGAAGGUCGUAUCGCGCUCUUGAAGUACGAAAACAUGGCUAAAGCACCAGUCAAAACAUCGCAACUUCUGUUCUCGUAUCUGGGGAUGAACUGCAGUAACGAAACUGGACACAUGUGUCAACUGGCGAUCUUGGAACGUUCCACCACAUCGUUAAACCCGACGUCCGUUCUUGAAGCGACUGCAACCACUGACCUGGAAAGUCCGGAGCUUUCCUCUCUCAACUACGACGAUGCGCUCGAGAACCUAUUUCAGUCUGCGUAUGCAUGGAGAGAACCAUAACAUGGCCUCACGUGAAACAAAUACAGAAUCAAUGCUUCGGUUUUAUGAGGCAGAUGGGAUAUGAGCUCAUGAGAUACCAGCGAGAUGAGAAAACGGAAGUCAUUGGGGAGUUACUGAUUGACCGUAGGAUUAUGCUUGAUGAGCUUGUACAUCCACCAGCCUAAGUUAUUGAGGAGGAUAUUUUUUUUUCAAAUGUACUUUUUAUUAUACUCACUUGUGUACAUACAGGUAAAAAAAUGUGCUAGUUCCGUUUCUUUCUCUUAUGGCAAGGAGACAGCUGCAGUUAUAGUCAACUUGCAUUUUCCAGUUUGUCAAUUCACGGUGAAGUUUAAUCAGUUCAUCAGUUUAUUAAACAGGCGCUGCAAUGGGUUGGAGGUAACACACAUGAUCAGGAUAUGAUAGCAAAAGAGGAUGACUACACGUCUUCUCAGAAAGAUGUUUAGGAUAAGACACAAUUGUAUUUAUUCCAGAGUAGACGCUCUAUAAUGAAUCAGGUCCCAACUGGAAAGGGACGCACAGAACCAGGUACGAUGUGGUUGCGGCCCUAUGCUCCACUGAAAAAAAAGUCUACCUGUUGCACAGAUCGAGUCUGAAGGUCACUCGAUUGAGCCAUCCCAAUAAGUUUUGAGCAGGUGUAUAUAAUAUGAUGCAAACUGCUCUUGUCCGUCACUGGGAAUCGUUCUAAAACCAUCUAUUUGUUUGUGUUUUGUUGUUCUAUUUUUUCACAUCUAGAUUUAAUAAAAUGGUAUGAAUAUA